GCACUUUUAAUUAUUCACAACUGCGAACUGCACACCACCCGGGUCUGACGACCUCACUUCUGGAGACGUCGCCUUCGUUUUUGAGCAGCAGCGUCGCACACGAGACGGUCCAACAUCACACACAGCGCCCGCCAUGGACGGCCCCUCGACGCCGCCACGGCGCACCCGCGCCUCAAAGGACGUCAUCGCAUCGCCGCCCACCCCAGAAGUCACCCGUCGCAUCGAAGAGAACAGACUCAAGGCCAAAGCUCUGCGCGACCAGCACGAAGCCGCCCAGCGCGCCGCCGGCGUCCCGACCCUCGCACGCACCUCCUCCGGCUUCAUCGCCACCGAAGACGUCCACAUCCCGCGGCAGUCACAGACCCAGGCCCGCAAGCGGGGCCACGACGCCAUGAUGGUCGGGAGUGACGGCGGAGCACAUGGAGACAUACCCACGAGCACGGCACCAGCAGCAGCGGCAGCACCAAGCCCGGCGACUCGAGCCUCGGUGCGGCUGUCCGCCAGCAACGCCCCCGCCACGAGCCGCGACGGCAGGAUACUGAAACCCGCGGGGGACGCGACAAAGCCCGGCGAGGCCGAGGGCGCCAUCCGGCCCGCGAGGAAAUUUACAAAGUUUGUCGACUACGACUUUGGCAAGAUGGUCGACACGAAAGGCGGGUUCCUCGCGGCCGAGGACGACCCGUGGAACAAGGCCAUGUCCGGGUCCGUGGCGAACGGGUCGGCAGCGACCGCGGGGGGAGCAGGAGGAGCACCGGGAAAGCCCGGCGACGAUCCGAGCCAGGAACAGAGACCGGCGGGGAUGAGCCUGCGCGACUGGGAGAGGCUGCAGCUCCUGCGCAAGCUGCGCCGGCAGAAGGCCGGCCCUUUUGAGCCGGGACUGAGCGUGCUCAAGGACGAGAAGGAGAGGAAAACGUGUCGCGAGUGCGGCAGCCUCGAGAUCGAUUUCGUGUGGGAGGAAGUCUUCGGGCUGGCUGUGUGCGGGGCGUGCAAGGAGAAACUGCCCGAGAAGUACAGCCUACUCACAAAGACGGAGUGCAAGGAUGACUACCUCUUGACGGAUCCUGAGCUCCGCGACGACGAGCUGCUUCCACAUUUGUCCAAGCCGAACCCACACAAGUCACACUGGCACGACAUGAUGCUCUUCCUGCGGUGCCAGGUCGAGGAGUAUGCCUUUUCAGAAAAGAAGUGGGGGUCCCCGGAAGCCCUGGACGCCGAGUUUGAGCGCCGCGAGGCCGAGAAGAAGAAGCGCAAGGAGGCCAAGUUCAAGGAGAAGCUGCUCGACUUGAAAAAGAGAACGCGCACGGACGCGUAUCGGCGGCAGACGGGCAAACUGGGCGGAGGUAUAGGAGGAGGCGGGGGCAGAGCUGGGGCAGCAGGUGAGAAGGCAAAGUUUGGCGACGUCGUUGGGAACGGUGGCAAGCACGUUCACGAGUGGGGACGGGUUGUCGAGAAUGCGGACGGGGCGACAGUCAAGACGUGUUCGAUUUGUGGGAUGGAGGUUGAGGAGAUGGAGUUUUAAACGAGAAUUGAGCUAACAUGAUACCCCCUUGUCAAUAACGUGCGCUGCUCCCAGCGGAUCGCAGAAUGUUCACAAACCGCGACAAACUCUCCACGUGCCGAGUUACAACUUUAAACGAUAGAAGCCCCGGUGUAACGAGAAUGAGAACUGACAAACAGUGUAC